UACGCCAUAACGGGGUAUGUGGAGGCCUCGUCAAAAGCUAUCAUCCUAUUGUUACUUCUUUUAAACCAGCAUCUAAAAGGUAUUCUGUACAUUGGACCAUGGUCUAACAAAUCGAGCUUUGCUUAUUUUGCUUAGAACUCAUUUUUAUCAUAGCCGACCGAUUGGUUUCUAACGUUUUUUGGAUUGAUUAUUUAGAGGGGAACAAUGGAAUCUAUCCGUCCUCAGCGACUUCAACCAGGGAUAGGAUUUGGGGUUGGAUCAACAGGGACUAUGCGCUCUUCUCUACGACCAGGGGUAACAAUUCAACCCGUACCUCUACUGCCGUCUCCAGCCUCAAUGUAUGCUUCCUCCGGCCCGCCACCACCUCUUCAACUACACAGCUUCCAUGGAACUAUUGGUGCGGGACUUGGAGCCGGAGUGUCUGGUUUCGGGCUAUGCAAUCCAGGGAACCCUACAGUGUUGAAGGAGGCAGUGGAGGCUGUGGUUCGAAGUUUUGCGAAGCAUACACAGGGCUAUGGCAGAGUUAACGUGGUGGAAGCCCUGCAAGAAUUUUGGCAAAUGAAACAGUCGAGAGGCGCUGACCUCAGGAAUGGAGCGCUGGUAGUCUACGAGAUGACGCCGUCGAACAACCCCCCCUAUGUCUGUUAUGUUAGUCUACCCGGAGGAAGUUGCUUUGGAAGCUUCCAGUUAUGUCCAACCAAGGCCGAGGCAAGACGCAGCGCUGCCAAGAUUGCUCUGAUGAACUCUGUUUUCAAUGAGCAUCCCUCUCGACGGAUAACAGACGAGUUCAUUGAAAAAAGUGUUUGUGAGGCACUGGCUUCUUUCAAUGGAAACAGAGAAGAGGCAGACAACCCCAACACAGGAAUUGGGGCAUUUCGCUUCAUGCUCGAGUCCAACAAAGGAAAGUCCAUGCUCGAGUUUCAGGAACUGAUGACAGUUUUCCAGUUGCUUCAUUGGAAUGGAAGCCUGAAGGCAAUGAGAGAGAGACAAUGUUCCCGUCAGGAAGUGCUGGCUCACUAUUCCCACCGGGCACUAGAUGAUGACAUGCGCACCCAAAUGGCUGCGGAUUGGGUGAAUCGGGAGCAGGGAGUGGCUGGCACCAUUGCCCAGGAGCUAGCUUCUACAGAACAAGAACUAGAAGAGGCCAGACUGGCCGGCCGAGAAUUGCGUUUCCAUAAGGAAAAGAAAGACAUCCUUAUGCUAGCAGUGGGUCAACUUGGCACUGCCACACUACCCUUAAACUGCUAAGUUAAAGCCAGAUCCUAAAGCAGUUAUUUACAUAAUUCAAUCAAUUCAAUCAUUACUUAGGCAAGAUUACCAUUGCUUCCAUCAUUAUACCACACAAGACAAAACAAGUACACCCAAACAGAAACAAUUGGGAAGAAUGGAGGGGGGGGGUUAAGAUUUGUUGAUACAUGGUGUCUAUUCCCAUAUUUUGCCUUUACUGAUGAAUGUAUCAGAAAUAUCAGUGUGCUGCCAAACACAUGUUGUUAAUGUGUCUGCAUAGCAGCUUAAUCCAUUAUUUUUUUAAUUAAAAAUCAAUCCACAUUUA